AUGAAGCCCAUUUAUACAGCCCAGGGAGAUAACCAGGGGGAAGGCCCUUGGUACGCAGCCCAGGGAGAUAACCAGGGGGAAGGCCCUUGGUACACAGCCCAGGGAGAUAACCAGGGGAAAGGCCCUUGGUACACAGCCCAGGGAGAUAACCAGCGGGAAAUACCUUGGGACACAGCCCAGGGAGAUAACCAGGGGGAAGGCCCUUGGUACUCAGCCAAGGGAGAUAACUGGGGGGAAAUAUCUAGGGACACAGCCCAGGGAGAUAACCAGGGGGAAGGCCCUUGGUACACGGCCCAGGCAGAUAACCAGCGGGAAGGCCCUUGGUAUACGGCCCAGGCAGAUAACCAGCGGGAAGGCCCUUGGUACACGGCCCAGGCAGAUAACCAGCGGGAAGGCCCUUGGUAUACGGCCCAGGCAGAUAACCAGCGGGAAGGCCCUUGGAACUCAGCCCCAGGGAGAUAA